UGGUAGGAUCGAUACUUUCUUUUGAAGCUUACCAUUGGAGACGAUGAUGAAUCAUGAAAUCUUGAUAUAGUCGCCGGAAUUUCAAGAAUGGAAAGAGGGAUUCAGCCUCCUUUGGUGGAUACAACAGCUUGUUUAUGUAGAGUAGACGUCGGCCUGAAAACCGUCGCCGGAGCAAAAAGAUUCGUCCCCGGUUCAAAGCUAUGUCUCCAGCCGGACAUCAAAUCAUCAAUCCACCCAACCAGACAAAAACCACCACGCGACAGAACCCGCAACCAAUCCCCACUCCUGCCCGGACUGCCCGACGACCUCGCCAUCGCCUGUUUAAUCCGCGUCCCAAGAAUCGACCACCGCAAGCUCCGCCUAGUCUGCAAAAGAUGGUACCGUCUUCUCGCCGGAAACUUCUUCUACUCUCUCCGGAAAAACCUCGAAAUCGCCGAAGAAUGGGUUUACGUAAUGAAAAGAGACAAAGAUCGGAAGAUGACAUGGCAUGGAUUCGACCCCAUGAACCACCUCUGGCAACCGCUGCCACCUGUCCCCAAAGAAUACUCCGAAGCCGAAGGUUUUGGUUGCGGCGUUUUGAGCGGAUGCCACCUUUAUUUAUUCGGCGGAAAGGAUCCGAUCAAAGGGUCGAUGAGACGAGUGGUGUAUUACAGUGCCCGGACUAAUAAAUGGCAUCGAGCUCCCGAUAUGCUCCGGCGUCGACAUUUUUUCGGGUCUUGUGUAAUAAACAACUGUUUAUACGUCGCCGGCGGCGAAAACGAAGGUGUCCACCGGUCGUUAAGGUCAGUCGAGGUUUAUGAUCCGAGCAAGAACCGGUGGUGUUUUGUGGCGGACAUGAGCACCGCGAUGGUUCCUUUCAUCGGGGUGGUGUACGGCGGGAGGUGGUUCUUGAAGGGGCUUGGGUCACACCAACGGGUGGUAUCGGAGAUGUAUGAACCGGAAACCAACGUGUGGAGACAUGUUCACGACGGAAUGGUGGCAGGGUGGCGGAACCCUAGCACUUGUUUGAAGGGGAAGCUUUAUGCUUUGGGGUGUAAAGAUGGGUGUAAAGUUAGGGUUUAUGAUGAGGAAACGGAUUCAUGGAGUAAACAUAUCGAUAGCAAAAUGCAUAUGGGGAAUUCCAAGGGUUUAGAGGCGGCGGCGUUGGUGCCGCUUAAUGGGAAACUUUGUAUUAUAAGGAAUAAUAUGAGUAUAUCUUUGGUGGAUGUUGAUGGUGGAGGAGGGGCGGCGGAGGCUGAGCAUUUGUGGGAGACACUCGCCGGAAAAGGGCAGUUUAAGACUUUGGUGUCGAAUCUGUGGUCUAGUCUUGCCGGAAGGAACCGCCUGAAGAGUCAUAUUGUUCAUUGUCAGGUUCUUCAAGCGUGAGGUUUGAAGGUCAACAAUGGCGGUUAUAUGAUGGUUUUUUAGGUUGUUUUAGAUGUUUUUUUUGGGGUGCAAGAACUUAUAUAUAUUAUACACACUUGAAUGCUUUUAUUUUUUUUAACCGAAAUUUUGGAGUAUAUUUCCUCUUUUGCUCA